AUGGCUCAUUUAAAAAAGUUUUCGCUUGCAAAAAAGCUAAGCUAAUUGCGUCAAGAAAGCUUAUAAGUUUUUACUCCUUUGUUAUUUGCAACUGGGAACGAUGAUUGUCUCUUUUAUUCAGCUGAUUUGGUGAUGAAUUUGUCAUCAAGGAAAAAGAAAGAUAUGAAUAAUCUGCUAUUUACAAUGCAAACCUUAGAAAUACCAUAUUUAAGCGCUAAUUAAGUCGGAGUAGAAGACAGGUACUUCGGAAUUAUGUUUUAAAAAUAAAAUUUCAAAUGGUCAUUAAUUGAAGAGAAAAAUCUGGAAAAAUUGCUCUGUGUGAACCCUUUGGUGGUGAGUGUUUCAGAAACAACCUCAAUUGAUUGGGAGACUAAUAUCUGUUUCCCAUUUAUCCGUAGUUAAAUUGAGAGAUACGAUCGAAUUCGAUUGCACUUUCAGACUUUAGAGGACGAAUAAGAAUUUGAAUUUGAAGGGUUUAAUGCGAGAGUAGUCUAGUAGGCAAUAGAUAGUUUGAAUGGGUAUCAGAUAAUUGACCCUCGAAUCCAUUGUGGUAGAUGGGAAAUCAAUCCUAAAUGGAAGAAUGUCUUGCCGAAAACAGAACUUACUAUAGACACCUAUAGAGGAGAGAUCUAGAAGCUUGUGAAAAGCAAUCCAGAAUGUUUUAGGAGAAGAAAUGUCAAGUAAUUAAACAAACAAGUUAAGGAGGAUGAUGACGAAUUUUCUUUUGAGGCUAUGAUGAUGAAAAGAUUAGAAAAAUAUAUAAAAAGAGAGAUGCUUGAACCUGCAGCAGCUGAUAUGGAGGGACAAUACAAGUAGCAUAUUUUAGAUCAAAUAAAGAGUAUCAAAUGA